AAAUGCUCCAUUUGCACAGUGAUAUAUAAUGUUGAAUCGACAACUUCUUUCCGGAAUUUACAGGAGGGGCGAUGACCUCAUUCAGCGCUUCGUUUUCGACAAACGAAACCUCCAAUUCCGAAAACAUUAUUCGAACGUGACAUCGGUGACAUCCAUCAGUCGCGAAAACUGUGUCAACCGUGGUGCCAAUUUUGACAUAACCUGCAGACCACUCAUGGCAUCUCCCCAAAACAAGGCGAAGAACAAGCAGGAGCCGACAGUCAGGAAAGUCAUUUUAACGCAAUGUGCACCAAAACCAGUAGGGCCUUACAGUCAAGCAGUGCAGUUCGGCAAUACUCUAUACGUCUCCGGCGUUUUAGGACUGGAUAAAAACAAGAUGGAGCUUGUUGAGGGAGGUGUUGCUGGUCAAGCCAAGCAAGCCCUGACGAAUUUAGGGCAUAUUCUGAAAGCCGCAGGAACAACCUACGAGAACGUGAUAAAGACCUCGAUAUUUCUUGCCAAUAUCGGUGACUUCAAGGAGGUGAACGAUAUCUACAAGGAUUUUUUUUUGAGUAAUCCUCCAGCGAGGUCCACUUAUCAAGUUGCAGCCCUUCCAUUGGGAGCCCUGGUCGAGAUUGAAGUGAUUGCUGGUACUGGUGAGAUUGAACAAGCAUCGUGUAAUUGUGGCAGUAAAAUUUAAACUAAAAAACAAACACUCAAGAUAGUUGAUAAUCCAGACUGAAUAUUUUACAAUAUGUAUAAAAUGAAGAAUUUUUGAAAGGCAAGUAAAACCUUUAACCACA